AUGGUUGCAAAACUACAUCACCAAAUCAAUGCAGCAGUCAAGGCCUUAGAAGAUGUGAAGAAUACUCUUACACCUGAUUUGACAAGGCAGUUGAACAAGAUCUUCAAGGGUAGCAUGGUCCAGGCGGAAUUGAAUGCAUAUCAUGAGGAUGAACUUGCAGAUCAUUAUCAAGCAAAUAGACAUCAGGUCAUCAAAUCCUCCCGCAGACAGGUGCAAGUAGAUGGAGUCCUCACUAUUAAGAAUGCCAAUUGCAAGAUUGCAAUCUGUAGAGCAGAUGAGAUGAAAAAGAUGUUCAAUAAGACUCUUUGA